CAAAAAAAUGGCGUUCUUUUCACAUCUCAGUAUUUUGCUAAACGUUUAAUAAAGAUUCUACUUCCCAAACUCCUUCUCCGCGACACACCUACAAACAUAUUCACCUUGGAUUAAAGGUCUCAGCUUCUCCCACUGGAUGUAACUAUGACAACGUGUAUCCAAGUACCAUUGACAUCAGGGACUUUGAUUAACUUUCUGUGCACAGUGAUACCCAUCAAGAGGCAUUUUCUUGAGGACUUUCAGUUCUGAUGCGUCCUACUUGUUGCUGGCAACACGUGGUGGCAGUACAGACGCACUCGCGCAACAUCUGUCAUGGUUCGCUUCAUCUUCUUCACCUUCUUCUUAUCGGUGACUGCCUCGACUACCAGGCCUCUGAAACAUCCGACAAUGUGCUGUCUAGCCAAGACAACUUCCAUGACUUUCAUAAACUUUCAAACACUGGACUCGAGCAAUAUAGAGCAAGUUCAUGUGUUCCUGGACUUCACUCGAGGCUUACAAGUAAACAAAUUUUUCUCCCUUGUCCCAUCAAAAGGCCUCACAAUUUUCAGUACGUCAGUGUUAAUGGACUUUGAAAAGGGCUGGAGCUAUGAAUUUCAAGAAACAGCAGAAGGGUGGUCUCAGUGCUAUAAGCGACCCCUUCCUGUUAAGGCACCUCUUCAAUGUGUACCCGGCUUCGCCUCACCUGUGCUCGGCAAUCAGGACGAUGUACCCGGGCAGCUGGGAACAGAACCGUGGGACGUGUGGCGAGCAGACCAAGAUGAACCUGGGGUCACUCUGACCUACGGCUUUGCACGUGACUCCUGCCGGCCAGCCUUCAUACGACAGAGGGGUCAGCUUCACAACACGACCCUCGACAUGGAAGUGCUGGUGACAAACUACAAAGAAAGUGUGGAAGACAUGGCAGUAUUCGACCACCCCAACAGCUGCCAUCUCACCCACAAAUCUCUUCCAUAUCCUUGGAAGACUUCCACAAAAUCGUCAUUGACUGCGAAUGAGAAUGUCACAAUCGCCUCUUGGUACAUAGAAGACAAAUAUCGCAAAGAAAGGUAUUACGCACCACCGCUUCUAGGAACUGGCGCAAGAGAAAGUAGCGCUGCACUUCUGUGGACAUCUUUCGUUUUCGUUUUCAAAUUGUUCGUGUGAAAAUAAAUACCAGAUACUUAAAAUCA